AUGUCGAAGAACAAUGAUACUUCUCAAAGUAUUCCAAUUUAUAUAGCUGAUAAUUUGCCAUCAUUACCCGUCACUAAUGAUGAUAACGUUACCCACAGUGAUAUCCCAUUGCUUUUUGAUAUACAAGCUAUUAAGAAGCUAAGAUAUGAAAUGGACAUUUUGGGUGUUUUAAUAGGUACACUACCAUCGGCAUCACAACAGAAUUUAUUCCUUAGCAUACCUUUAAGAUUGAUGGUAGAAGAAGCCAUAUGGCUAGUUAACUCUGGGAAAUGUUACUUUAAGAAAUUAAAUUAUAUUACCAAUACUGGUGCAAACUGUGAUGAUGAAUUACCUAAGAAAUACAUGCAUUCCAUCAAAAAUUUGCAAGAAAUCGAGCUGAAAAAAUAUAUGAAAAGGCAAUUUGAAUACAAAUAUAAAUUGAAACUGGAGAAGGAAGCCCAAUUUUGUAACACCAAGGUGAAAAGUGAUGCGAUGAUUACCCGCACAGAUUUUGAAAAGCAUUACAAGAAGAUGGAGCCUAGCUUAUUUAUUCCAAUAUCGAAUACUUCAUCAUUAAUAGCACAUGAUGAACAUAGCUACAGGAAGUACCAAGCUGAUAAAGAAUUCAGUGACAGGAUGGUACGUUAUUUAUAUAAAAGGUAUAAAUAUGAUUAUGUUGUGUAUAAACACUUACGCGAAUAUAAACGUGAGCAGAGAUGUGUAGAAGAUAUGGAAGAGGGCAAGGAUAGUGACAGUGAAAGAUUUUAUAUAUCACCUGGUUCCAAAUUUGGUGGUAGAUUUAUAGUUUAUCCUGGAGAUCCGUUGAGAUACCAUUCUCAUAUGAUUAUUCAAAGUCCAAAACUAAUAACAACUGAUAACAAUAGUUCAGACACUACUGAUGGAAUUGACUUAUUAGAGUUGGUUUGUUCUGGCCGAUUAGGUACCGGUGUAAAGAAAACGUGUGUUUAUCCAUUUAUAAAUGUUACCAAAGUUGCUAAAGAUAUAACAACAGACCAAUCUAGCAUUGAUAAUUGUAGUUUUUAUUCAAUUGAGUGGUCUGGAUUUGGUUAG